AUGAUGUCAUUAUUGUCAGUACCAGCAUCGCCCAGCACGGCUGCUCCGACAUCGCAUCUAUACCGCUUGCGAAAAGCACUCAUUCCGUUGCUAUGCUUUGUGGUUGGCUUUAAUAUCAACUUUGGAGGCAUUUAUCACGAUAUCUCGGAUGGGAGUUUUGGAGGACAUCCCAUUAUCGAUGCGACCAAGGAAUGGAAGAGUUUAAUGGUGAAAGAGAAAGAAACUUUAAGUCUCAUUAUAGAGAAAGGAGAAAAAGACAACAAGAAAGACAACCUUGGUCUCAAUAAAGAUCAAGCCAAGGCAGAUGAAGCUGAAAGAAGGCAAUAUGAAGAGGAGUCCGCCAUUCUACGAGAUCACAUGAAACGGAACAUUGAGGACUAUGGAUUUGACCCAUGGGCGAAUCAAGUUUACGACGAUGAUAGCGAAGACGAGGAAUACUGGUGCGGGGAAUAUUGUUCGACACCAAAGGGUACUUGUUGGCGAAAUACUACCAUUACCGACCAUUAUCGUCCACCAAACAUUACCCACACUACUACUACUGCUACACCAGCAAUGACAACCGAGAGAACCAAGAUUCGGCGUCGAAGAGGGGGAAAACCUAUUAUCCCAAGGCGACUGAUUUUUACCUAUCACACAAACUUGUUCGACUGCACAUUUCCUCCACAUCUCUACGACAAUGUUCAGAAAACCAUUCAAACAUAUGCUGAUCUAUGGGGCAUUGAAAACAAGAGUAAUGUUGAAGUCAUGUUCUUUGACGAUCAGGAUUGUGCUCGUGUCAUUGAAGCGUCGGAACCGAAACUGGUUCCAAUCUUUUGGGCGGAAACAAAUGGGUCCUAUCGGGCAGAUAUCUGCCGAAUAGCGGCACUUUACAUGUACGGAGGAUACUACUUGGAUGUGGACAUUGAACCAAUCCAAGCACUGGAUCCACUACCUCAAGUCGACUUUAUAACGGCCCAAGCUGCAAAUCGAGUAUUCUUUCAAGCAGUCAUGGCCUCCACACCAAGGCAUCCACUUAUGAAGCAUACAUUGGAAACCAUGUUGGUGGAUUGGUACAUGAUUCCAAAGAUUAUGAAGGACUACGGCAAAACGGAAUACGAACCACUCUGGUUUCGAAGCCAAACCUAUGCCGAUAUGCGGUUGGAACAUGUAGUACAGUAUGGCUUUGAUCCACAUCAUAGCAUUGGGAUUCUCAUGGGACCAGCAACCUUACGGAUAGCCUAUGACAGGAAAGCGAAUCUUACAACACCAUGGUUGUUGGAUGAGUUUGAAAACAAGGCUGAAAAGGUCUAUCCUGCAUUGAUUCGAGAAACCUCUCAUUGGGGAUGCAAUUUCAUGGUCCAUGACAAUGCCACCAAGACCCCCUAUUUCUAUUCUCGAUGCAAAGGAACGGCAAAUUGCCCAAAUUACGAUGAGAAGAAAAAAUCUCACGAUGAGAAGAAAAAAUCUUACGAUGAAAAGACAAUGUACAGCUGA